GUUUCCCGAGGGAUCCCGAAUCCGGCCUCGGGCCUGCGACAAACAAGCCGGGCUCCGGGACGUCUUCCCGAUAAUAAAUCGGAGCACAGGGUGGUGCGUAUCUUCCGACCUUUGACCCGGCCUCGAAGAGUCGUCUCCAGCCUGUCGGACUCUUCAGUCGACUGCCGAGCCGGACAAGACCUCCUCGAAGGAGGUACGAGGGUUAGACAGGAACGAGAAAGAAGAGAGGCCAAGAGUAGUCCGGAACGCCCCAAGGUCCGCUCAAGAUUCGUCCUUAAGGCUGACCCCUCUUCCGAUGGUGGUCGAGCUCCCACCUCCCCCGAAGUCCUGGUCAAGGUUGCGAGUCCUUGGAGGGAACCGGGGAGCAGUCUGGCUCGGUAGGUACCCUUAGAGGGUCGCUUCGAGGUCCUCUCCAGGAUCCUCUUCGAGGUCCUCUUCGAGGUCGCGACUCGACGCUUUCGAAGAUGGUCGUGCAGUUCACCAGAAGGCAGUGGCUCACUCUCAUCGUCAUCAGUAUCGCCGAUUUCGCAAAUGCCAUCUGCGUGUCCCUCCAGGCGCCUUUCUACCCGCACGAGGCGGAGAAGAAGGGCGCCUCGGCGACGGAAUACGGCCUCGUCUUCGGCAUCUUCGAGCUGGUGGUCUUCAUCAUCAGCCCGAUAUACGGACAACACCUAAAUCGCAUCGGGCCGAAGCUUCUGUUCAAUGGGGGAAUCCUGACGACGGGGACCUGCGCCAUCUUCUUCGGGCUGCUGGACAAGGUGGAGGGCCACUACCCCUUCAUUCUCCUGUCUUUCGUGAUCAGGAUCGUCGAGGCCCUGGGGAACGCGGCCUUCCUGACCGCCAGUUUCGCCAUCAUCGCCAAGGAGUUCCCCUCGAACGUCGCGACGACUUUCGCGAGUCUGGAGACCUUCUUCGGUCUUGGUCUCAUCGUCGGUCCAACGGUCGGAGGGGCACUCUACCAGAUCGGCGGCUACACGACGCCCUUCGCAGUCCUGGGAUCCGCGCUCUUCUUGGCAGCCGUCAUGACAGCCUUCGUUCUUCCGGUGCACAACAACGAUGACCACGACACCCAGAACCAUGGUGGGUUCACGAAGGUGCUGAAGAUCCCAGGAGUCAUGGUCGCCGCGGCAUCCAUCAUCGCCACGAGCAUGAGCAUUGGAUUCUUGCAGGCUACCCUGGAGCCACAUCUCCGGCAAUUCGACCUCAGUCCUGUGGUCCUGGGCCUGAUGUUCGUCAUCAACGGAGGCAUUUAUGCUCUGACCGCUCCUGUAUGGGGCUGGCUGUGCGACAAGCACCCCAAGCCGAAGGUCGCCACCCUGAUUGGAUGCAUUCUGGUGAUGAUCGGGUUCUGCCUGAUAGGUCCAGCCCCGUUUAUCCCAUACCCCACCAUAAUCUGGAUGACCAUUUCCGGCCUGGUCAUCCAUGGACUCGGCAUGGCAGCUCAGCUGGUCGCCAGCUUCACGGAUGCUUUAAGAACGGCAAUAUCCUACGGGUUCCCGAACAACCUGGAGACCUAUGGGCUCAUCAGCGGCCUCUGGACCAGCACCUUCGCCCUGGGGGCCUUCAUCGGUCCCAGCGUCUCCGGCAUCCUACUGGACAACAUUGGCUUCAGAAAGGCGUCGAUGUUCAUCGUGAUCCUGCACCUGCUGGUGGGUGCCGUGGCGGCGUUCUUCCUGAGCUGUUGCCCUCGGCCACCGAAGCCGUACACGGAGAUAGGGACGACGGAAGACCUGAGGGCGUCCCUGACCGACAGCACCAGGUCGCAGAGCAUCAGCCUCCCCUUGGGGUCCAGGGGACAAAGUCUGCCGAUCGACAGGCCCAACGGCAUGAACUCCUUGAUCGCCUGCAACAGUUACACCAACAGGGCCGGUGCCUGGGCCAGGGCGUCCUACAGUGGUCGCUACUCCCAGAGCUAUGGCUCCGUCGAGGUCAAACGAUACCUGGAGAGGACCACGUGAUCGACCUCCCCGUAGAGCCCUGAAGAGGAGAGGCGACGACCUCGAAAAGCAAAUGACUUCAGGAAACUCUCGGUACCAUCAAAGCGGAACAGCGAUUUUCUCUUAAAACUCGACUCGGGACUGCCAGAGGAGGAGAUUCGGAGUCGGUCGUUCUUCGGCUUCGUCUUCAGGGACUUUCGAGAAAAUCCCGACGUCGAGGGUUGGAUCGCUCCAAGAUUUGACAGUCGACCUGGACAGGGGACGGUUCGAGGCGGUUUCGCGUUGCUUGUACAUAAUGGCUACAGAGUAGGAUAGGACCCUUAAAAUAUAGAGGUAGUAUUUCACCCUUAUCACCGGCAAUGAUCGAUGACGAAGAGCAAUCCACCCCAGGAGCCCCAGUGCUCCGAGUAAGUGUACCAUCCGGAGCAGCCUGAAAUAAAGACGUCCUUUUUAAGCGCGAAA